CUCUCUACCUCUUUCCUCCUUCUCUCGCUUUUCAAUCUUCUCCCUCCUACCAACAAGUGAGGAUCAUCUCUGCACAUCCAUCCGUUCUCCGUUCAGCGGCGGGGCUUUGAGUUGAGUUAUAGAUGUCUGCUGGAAUUUCUUUUCUCCUCAUCCAUUUCACUGUUUAAUCGAUGGGGAUGACAGACUGCAGGUGCAGCGGCGGCGUGCGUUAAAAUCGGCAGGGACGGUGUGUGGUGCACUAGGACCGUGGAGAGAGAGUACUCUCAUCGUGAGCAAUGGAGCUGUAGAGGGAACCCCCCCACACACACACUCACUGGAUCUGGCGAUUUUAUCCUUACAUUUUUCUCUCCCCUUCUCAUCUCCACGGGGAUCGCACCAACUAAUUUGCGUUUGGGAAGAAAGCAGGAGUGGAUUUCUAAUUCGGCGAGAUUUGCGUAGAACUCGGUUCAUACAUUUUUUUUAAAAGAGGGUGAAAGUGUCUUUUUGCCAUAUCAUGUCUUCUAGGCUGUAAAAAAAAAACCCCAAAACCCCCACCUUUAUCUCACCCGUCCAACCUCUUUUAUAAAAGAGCGUGAAGAUAUCGGCGCACUUUUUUUCCCCUCCAGAAAGAACCGAGGAAAACAUAAAUCCUCAUUUUUGUGAUUGAAUUUCAGUCGGACGGCUGGCUGAAUGGGUGACCUCGCUAAAACACAGAUCACCCCCUGCUUGCAGCCGCUGUACGCACGCGUUUAUUUUCUCUGCUGACCGGGAGUUGUGAUGUCCAGAUCCUUCCACGCUGACUGACACUUGGCUUCGUACCAUUUUGGAAUCAAAUUGAAGGCUUUGAGGACGGGGGAGGAAGAUGAGACCACCCAGCCCUCUCCUGAUCCUUCUGUACUUCACCCUGUCCAAGGGUGUAAAGGUGGUUUCAAAGAGAGGCUCAGUGGACGGCUGCACAGAUUGGUCAGUGGAUUACCUGAAGUACCAGGUGCUUCAAGGAGAGCCGGUGCGUCUGAAGUGUGCUCUGUUUUAUGGUUACAUCCGGGCCAACUACAGCCAGGCACAGAGUGUGGGCCUCAGCCUCAUGUGGUACCGCAGCUCUGGGCUCGGACACAGCGACUUUGAGGAGCCAAUCUCUUUUGAUGGUGUGCGCAUGAGCAAAGAGGAGGACGCCAUCUGGUUCAGACCUGCUGACCUUCAAGAUGUGGGCCUUUACUCAUGUGUUUUAAGGAAUUCUACAUACUGCAUGAAGGUCUCUAUGUCUUUGACUGUGGCUGAGAAUGACACUGAUCUUUGCUACAACUCCAAAAUGAGAAGACCCGAGAAGGCUGAGCUUAGUAAGAGCAAAGACAUCCUCUGUCCUGAUAUAGAUGACUACGUUGAACCUGGGAAGGAGCCUGGAAUCACGUGGUACAAGGAGUGCCGUCCAAAACAGUGGCGGACCAGCAUUAUCCAGAAGAGAGACAUUUUGUCAUUUCAAGAAGUAACGGAGGACGACAUUGGGAAUUACACCUGCGAAAUCCAGUUUGGUGGCUUUGUUAUCAGAAGGACAACGGAACUUACAGUAACUGCUCCUCUGACCGACAAACCACCCAAGAUCCUAUUUCCUGCAGAAAAUAAGAUUACCAACAUGCCAAUGCAGCUAG